AUGGAUGUUGUAUUCAACAAAUUAAAGACUAAGGUUUCAAGUGCCCUACCUGGUAAUCCAUUAACUCGAGAGUAUGAUAUUGAAAAACAAAUUGGUCAAGCUGGUCCAGGUUUAUUAUGGAAAUUGUACUUGGCUAAAAAACGUUCAACUCAACAAGAAGCUACAAUAUGGAUUAUGGAGAAAAAGUUACUAGAUUCCUAUCCAAAAUUGCAUCGUGAUUCUAUGAUUGAAAUACUUAAACAUGGUGUAUCUACACUGACACGAAUUAAACAUCCAAAAAUAUUAUCAGUAUUACAACCGUUAGAAGAGUCACGUGAAAGUUUAGCUUAUGCAUCAGAACCAUUAUUUACUUCGUUGAGUAGUGUAUUGUCAAAGGAGUCAAUAAACAAUGGAAAACAAAAUGAAUCCAUGGAGUUUUCUUUAUCAGAUACUGAGAUUAAGUAUGGUUUAGUACAGAUUGCUGAAGCCUUGAAUUUUUUACACUGUGAUUGCCAUCGUGUACACUUGAAUUUGACGCCUGAAUCUGUUGUAAUCAAUCGUUUUGGUAUUUGGAAACUUUGUGGAUUUGAAUUUUCACAAGUGUUUAAUCAAGAGGAGAAAUGUGAACAAUCAAUUGUUAGAUUGCCUACCUGGCAGUCAAGUUUAAUGCCUACAUGUCAAUUGAAUCUGAGUGCUAGUAGCCCAGAGGCAAUUUUACAGGGAGAAGUUACUGCUGCUAGCGAUAUGUUCUCCUUGGGUCUUCUUAUCUGUACACUAUUCAAUCGUGGAAAAUCAAUUCUAUACGUUGGAAACGAUUAUUCAGCUUAUAAACGAACUGUAAAACAGCUGCCGUCAAUGUUAUCCAGUAAAGGAUUGAAUCUACCAAAUAAUUUGAAGGAAUACGUUAAAAUGAUGAUUUCAACCGAUCCUCAAAUUCGUCCAGAUGCAGUUCAAUUUCUUAGAACACCAUAUUUUGAAGAUGCAUCCAUGUCUGUUCUACGCAGUGUAGAUAAUAUGUAUCAACUAGAUAAUUUGGCUAGAUCACAAUUUUAUAAAUCUCUGCCAAAUUCUAUUCAUACAUUACCAAAACGUUUAUGCCUAUAUCGUGUAUUUCCUCAAAUUGCUGAAGACUUUUCCAAUCCACAUAUGGUACCGUUUAUUCUACCGGCUGUUUUACAAAUUAUGGAUAAUGUUACUCAAGAUGAAUUUAUUCAAUAUAUGUUACCUCGCCUUAUUCCUGUUAUGUCAAUGAAAGAGCCUAUACAAAUCAUAUUAAUAUUUUUACAAAAUUUACACAUAUUAAGUGCGAAAUUCCCGAUUAAAGAAUUUCGUAAUUAUGUUCUACCAAUGCUACAAUUAGCCUUGGAUAUGGAUAAUAAAAUGAUACAAGAACUUUGUCUUAAAUCGUUACCUAGUAUAGGUAAAGCAAUGGAUAUAAGUUUACUUAGAAAUUCUCUUCUACCUCGAAUACAACGGUUAUGUUUAGCUACAGAAUAUUUAUCAACACGUAUGAAUUGUCUUGUAUGUAUUGGCAAAUUAUUAGAUCAUUUAGAUAAAUGGAUUGUUAUGGAUGAUAUUUUACCGUUUUUACAACAAAUUAGAUCACGUGAACCGACUGUUUUAAUCGCUGUGUUAGGUAUAUAUCGUUUAGCCUUCAGUCAUGAGAAGUUAGGUAUAAGUCGAGAGAAAUUGGCUACUAAAGUGCUUCCUUACCUAAUUCCAAUAUCAAUUGAAAGUAGUCUUAAUUUAAAACAAUACAAUGCUUAUGCAUCUUUAAUACGAGAUAUGUGUGCAUAUUUGGAACGAGAACAAUAUGCUAAAUUGGAACAAAUGCAUGGUGCAACUGAUGAAGACAGCAUGUUGAGAAUUGGGAAUGUGGAUGAAAGUAUUUGGACUUCAUCAAAUUCUUGUUCAGAUUUGAUGACUCGUCUGAUUCGUACCUAUUUGGAUGAUGCUGAUCAAUACGUGAAAGAGAAUGUCCCUGGUUCAAUCAAUACUACUAAUACCAAUAAUAAUAAUAAUGAUAUGAAGAAUGCAAAGGAUUCAUCGUCACCUAUAUCUCCUACAAAAUCGUCAACAACAUAUAAUGAAAGUAUUUGCUUAAGUUUAGAACAAAAACGUCAAUUAGCUGCUAAACAAGAACAAAUUGAACGUUUAUCGUUGUCCAGUCUACCAUCAUUAUCAUCACAAAACGCUUUUGAACCAAUGAAAUUAAUAAAUAAAUCAAAACCGAUUGAUAUUACAAAUUCUUUGAUAACCUAUAAUUUGAAUGCAAUCAAUAGUCCAUCGAAAACAAUAAACAGUAAUAAUAAUAAUAAUAAUAAUAAUAAUAAUAAUAAUAAUAAUAAUAAUAAUAACAGUAGAUUGAAUACACUAUCAUCGAAUCGUUUAGGAACAGGAAUACCUUUAGCGCUGAUUACACCACCACCAGCACCAGCACCACCUCAGUCACAACCACAAUUUUCAUAUAGACAGAAUGGUGUUUUCAAUACAUCAUCGUAUUAUUCAAACAAUUUUAAUCAAGGUUCAAAUUCAAUUGUUCCCUUCUCUACAACCUCUACCACUAUCAAUAAUAGUAAUGCUAAUUUGUUGAAUUAUACACCAUUCUCCUUAACAACAACAACAACAACAGUAAUGUCUAACAAUAUCACAAUGAAACCAUUUAUUCAACAAAAUUAUAUCUCAAACAAUAGUACUGGAUUUACUACACCCCAAUUAUUCUCAACAACAAAUCAAAUGAUAACUACACGUUUAUCUCCGACACCAUUAUCAUUGAUUUCCAGUGAAAAUUUAUUCAAGCCAACUGAUAAUACAUCAAUUAAACCAUUAACUAAAUAUGAUAUAGACGAUUUAUUAAGUUAA